UGUUCUUCGACCCGUCACUACUCGAUACUAGUCGUCUUGUCUAAGCACCAGAAAAUUUGAAAUAAACAUCCUCUCUGACACAGUUUCUUUUUCUUCUUCAAAAAAAAAAAAAAAAAAAGAGAGAAAAUGGUAGCUCGAAAAUUCCUUGUUCGCUACAGUAACUCCACCUUCGACCUCGAUUACGACACCGACGAUGGCUUCGAGGUUUUCAAAUUCCAGCUUUUCUCUCUCACUUCAAUUCCUCCAGAUCACCAAAAGAUAUUUGGAAAUGAUGAUCUUGUUAUAUCAAACGAAUCCGAUCUUCUUACGAGUGCUAAAAAUGAGCUCAAACUAGUAUCAAUUAGCGAAGAGGACAAGAAUAAUGCUGAUUUCUUGAUAUCCGAUGAGGAAUUGGCGCGAAAGCUGCAGGCAGAGGAAGAGGCGCUAAUGUUACAGCAGCUUACUGUCACUGAACAGAAUCACCAGUUUGACCAAAAGAUAAGGCCUUACGUCACUCAAGUUCUAAUGUAUGAGGACCCAGUGCGGCAGGAGGCAGCACGAAAAACAGUGCCUGUGGAAGAGCUUGAGGAGAAAGCAUUGGUGUCUUUGGCCAAGGAGGGGAACUUUAAACCGUCAAAAAGUGAACAAGACCAAGCUUUCCUGCUGCAGCUGCUUUUCUGGUUCAAAGAAUCAUUCAGGUGGGUCAAUGCACCUCCUUGUGAUGGUUGUGGCAGUAAUACUACUAAUCAAGGAAUGGGUGUUGCACUUCCUUCUGAAAUCCAAUAUGGAGCAACUCGAGUUGAGCUUUAUCACUGCAACCUCUGUCCAAGAACCACUCGAUUCCCACGAUACAAUGAUCCAAUGAAGCUUGUGGAAACUCGAAGGGGUCGUUGUGGGGAGUGGGCCAAUUGCUUUACACUCUACUGUCGGGCUUUUGGCUAUGAAUCUCGUUUGAUCCUGGAUUUCACUGAUCAUGUGUGGACGGAAUGCUUCUCUCAAUUGUUGGGAAGAUGGAUGCAUCUUGACCCUUGUGAAGGAGUAUAUGACAAACCCUUGUUAUAUGAAAGGGGGUGGAAUAAGAAAUUAAAUUAUGUAAUUGCAAUUGCAAAGGACGGAGUUUAUGAUGUCACUAAGCGCUACACAAGGAGGUGGCUUGAGGUUUUGUCUCGUCGGAACAUGAUUACAGAGCGGGUUUUAUCAGCCACUCUCACUAAUAUAACAAAAGAGUGCCGAAGAAGCUUCGAAUCCCAAGUUCUUUCCUUACUUGAAGACCGUGACAAGAGAGAACUGGAAGAAAUUGAGAGAGACUUGCAGUCCUCAGAUGAUAUUUCAGUCUCUUUACCUGGAAGACAGAGUGGGGACAAACAAUGGCGUAUCUCAAGAGCAGAAAUAGGUUACAAAGAAGAUGGUUCGUUAAGUUCUUCUUCUUUCCCUGUCCGUGUAUGCAUAGAUGAGCAUGUGACAAUGAUCUACAAUGCAGUGUACCCUGUUCUUUCUCAAUUUGACAAGAAUUCCGUGUCCAAAUCUAGAAGUCUUGAAAUACUUAAAGUCUUUAGAGGAAUUUUGAAGGAAUUAAGGAAUUUACCCUAUAAAUCAAGGAGAACUUCCAUAAAUCCGUUUCUGCUUCAUUUGCUGCCUUAUUUUGAUGAGUUACUAAAUGCUCUUUCAUUGAAGACUGAGAUAAACACUGAAGAAAAUGUGAUCAUUGGUUUGGCUGGUGAUCCUAUCAAAACUUCCUUAGCACUGCCUGUUGUGUUGGAUGCUUUGGAUGGUACUUGUCUCAUCCUUAACAAAUGUGAGAACUUAAGCAAAGUUUCCCUUUCCUUGCCAUUGAUGAGAUUGAACAGAAUCCAUUCCGGUUCAGUUCUUGCAAGCGGUGAGGAACUUCCUUUUGGAAUAGCCACAUCAGCAUUUGAUGGACUUUGCACAACUAAAUGGGAAGAACCAAAUGGCGCAAGAGGUUGUUGGAUUGUGUAUAGACUACCAGACAGUCAAAUGCAUGAACUAGCAGCAUAUGAUUUGAUGUCCGCCAAUGAUGCCACAGAAAGGGAUCCCAUGGAUUGGGUUGUUGAGGGAAGUGCUGAUGGAGGAUCCAGCUGGUGUGUUUUGGAUAAACAGACUUCUCAGGUGUUUGAAAAUCGUUGUCAGCGUAAAUCAUUUAAUAUUAGAUCUGAAAAUUUCUUCUGUAACGCUUUCAGGUUUAGAUUUCUGGCAGUCAAAGAUGUUCAAUCAACAUCACGGCUGCAGUUGGGUAGCAUAGACCUGUAUGCAAGCAGCUCAGUUUAUAUAGAGCAUAAUUCUCCACAUUGAAUGAGGACUGACCCCAAUCUUACUGUGUAGGAAGACCUCCUACAGAUAAGAGACAUAGGGCUAAAGAGAGCCAAAAAAGGAUCUCUCGUGUAUAAUCCUGCAUAAUCUCAAUUUUGUUUGAUUAUCAUUUAAAUGUUGCUAAAGCCUAAGAACCGAUCAACUUUUCCUGCUAGCCAGCGUUGCAGCUGGUCCUAGGCGACGGCAGGCUGCAUUACUGCAACGCCUUGGAGAGGGAUGGCAUUUGUGCCGGUUCUCUGUGGUGCGGCUUGUAACAAUUUAUUUUUCUACAAUCAAGACCUCAGACCAGAAUCUUUUGGAAAUUGUACUUAGUAAAUUAUUAUCAUGAAGAGACUUAUUGACUUUCUUCAAAUGGUUGAAUCGUCAUUCCAAUGAGAAAAAUUUUGUUGCAACUGUGGGUUCUGUUGCACUUCUAUUUGAA